UUCCGAGUCUUAGAGGAAGAGAUGGGAUUUAUCCAUUAAAAAUAGCCUCCAUGACAAAGUUUGUGUACUGUGACAUGACAACGGAAGGGGGAGGGUGGACGGCAAUACAAAGAAGACAGGACGGGUCUACAGAUUUUUACCGGACGUGGUCAGAAUAUAAACAGGGAUUUGGGGAUCCCUCUAAAAACUACUGGAUUGGAAAUGACGCAAUCUAUGAGUUGACGAAGAACAAGGACCAGGAACUACGGGUUUCCCUUCAAAGAUUUAAUGGUGACGAAGCAUACGCUCAGUACUCCACAUUUUAUGUCGGGGACGAGAACAAAAAAUACAAACUCACUGUGUCGGGAUAUUCAGGAACGGCAGGUGACAGUUUGACUUAUCCUCACAAUGGUAGUAAAUUCAGCACUAAAGAUCAGGACAAUGACGUUAGUAGUGAUAACUGUGCUACAAUAAUUCACGGAGCCUGGUGGUACAAGUCCUGUUACAACUCCAACCUUAAUGGAGAGUAUGCACAGUCUGCUCUGACUGGUGGUAAAUACCCGGUAUGGUAUCACUGGAAACAAACUGAAGCAUUAAAACAGACUGUAAUGAUGAUCAGAUACAAAAACUAA